AGGCUCGCCUCGAGCUCACCUCUCACCACUCUCCCUCUCCUUCCUCCUCCUCCUCGUCGCGAACACCUGGCGCGAGCGAUUCUUGGCUUCCCAAUUUUGCGACGGCGAUCGAUCUUUGGGUUUUCUUGGUGUUCGAUCGAUCAGAGCAGCUGAGGCGAGGCAAUGGAAGGCGUUGUUGACGGGAGCGGCGCGCAGCUGGUGGUGGCGGAGCUGGUGCGCGUGCAGGGGCUGCUCCGGCAGCUCGAGGCCCACCUGAGCGCGCCGUGCUCCGUCGAGCUCUGCCGCGGCCUCGUCGCGCAGAUCGUCGCGCUCACGGACAGGUCCAUCGGCAUCGCCACCCGGUCCUUCUCCUCCGCCUCCGGCGGCGGCGCGCAUUUCGCGGACACGGCGCCGCCGAUGCCGGCGCUGACGUCGUGCACGCCCAGCCCGCUCAGCGACGGCUCCGACCACCAGCCGUUCCGGACCACCAACGCCAAGAAGAGGAAGACGACGGCGAGGUGGACGAGCCAGGUGAGGGUGAGCGCGGCGGGCGGCGCGGAGGGGCCAGCCGACGACGGGCACAGCUGGAGGAAGUACGGGCAGAAGGACAUCCUGGGCGCCAAGCACCCGCGCGGCUACUACCGCUGCACCCACCGCAACACGCAGGGAUGCACCGCCACCAAGCAGGUCCAGCGCACCGACGACGACGCCUCCCUCUUCGACGUCGUCUACCACGGCGAGCACACCUGCCGCCCGGGCGCCGCCAGCGCCGCCGCCGCCAAGAGGCCGCACGCGCAGACGCUGCUGCAGAGCCUCAGCGCCAGCCUCACCGUGAACACGGACACCAACACGCCGCUGACGCCGGAGAACCGCGCGCCGGCGCCGCCGCUGCAGCAGCAGCAGCAGCAGCAGAGCGUGUCGGCGUCGCCCGUGGCGUCGGACUCGUACGGCCUGGGCGGCGCCGGGUACGGGGACUGGCGCUGCUGCGACGGCGACCUGCAGGAGGUCGUGUCGGCGCUCGCCACCGUGACGUCGGCCCCCGACCACGCCGCCAUGGACGCCGCCGACUUCAUGAGCUACUGCUUCGACUUCGACCCGGCGGUGUACGGCGGCAUCGUCGGCACGCCGAGCUUCUUCCUAUGAGGAAGAAAAGCCAUAGCAGAGCAGAGCAGAGGCCCUGUCCAUCCAUGGUGGCAGGAGGGAAGAAGAGGAAAGCUUAAGCUUUGCUCUUCAAGGCUUGAGCUUCUUCUUCCUAAGUAAGAUCAGUGCAGGUGUAAGCAGUAAUUUAGCUUAGGAUAUCUCUUGUUUCUAUUCUUUCUUUAAUUUCCUUUUGUUUCUCCCAACUCUCUCUCAUGGAGUUUGGAUUUUGCUGGUUUCUGUCAAGCAAAAGAGAGGAAAAUAAGAAGAUUUUGUUACUACUGUUCUGAUGAAUCCAAAAGUGAGAUUUGUUUGGAGAA